AUGAAGGCGGGUAAUGCUAAAUGGAGUAAGGAAGAAACUGCUGAUCUGUUAUUAAUCAUCUGUCAAUUAAAAAAGGACAACCCAGAGAGAGUAUUCACACAGCCUCAACUAGCAACAGAGAUCAAAAAGCUUGAAGCUUUUAGUAGAUUUACAGAUGCUCAAUUGGUGAACAAAAUCAACAAUACUUAUAGACCGACAGACUCUGAUGGUACUACCAUUCAACAGACAGAUGAUGUUGAUCCAAUCAUUUCUCGACAUUCAAAUUAUCAACAUUUUUCGAAUAUUAAUCGUAACUCUCCAACAAAGUUAUCAGUUCAACCAACAUAUACUACUUUGUCUCCUACUCCUCCUACUCCUACUCCUAUGAGUACUAGUAGUAGUAGUAUAAAUGAAUCAACUUCUACACCAACCACUACACCAAUUAUGACCAAUACGCCUCCUCCACCAACACCAGUACCAACUACAUCACCAACUUUAUCAUCAUAUCAUAUUGCAAUGCCAGAUAAAGAUGAUAUAGACACUUUUGGUUACAAUAAUAAUAAUAAUAAUAAUAAUAAUAACAAUAAUAAUAGUAUGUUUAUUUCAUUUUAUGGUCAAGGUAAUGAAACUUUAACCAUUUACCUUCCACUAUGUAUGGGUGAGACGUUCAAACACACCAUCACAUCAAGUGGUGAUAUCAUUGUACAGGUGUUUAGAUCUGACUUGUGUUGUGAUUUCACUAAAACCAAGAGACUACCACAUCCAAUGUCUGGAUCGUACAAAGCCUAUUUUAAAAGACCACAAGACUAUGGAAUUCCAGUAUUAGCAACAAAGGAUACAGAGAAAAAGAUUAAAGAAAUCUCUGAAGAAGUUGAAUUAUAA